AUGAAUCACACCUCGAACGGAACGGAAUACAGAAGUGACAAAUACGACCCACCCGCAGGCAAUGAAACAGGAGGAUUCAAUCAUGACCCAGAAGCGCAUAUCACUAUCAGCUGCGGUAACUGCAUGCUUAAGACUUUCCCUUCGUUAGCCGCGGGGGAGGCAGCCAGUAUACGCCUCGAAAGGAUGGCUACUAAAGCAGCCAAGGAAGGCCAGUUAAUCUUAGAAAUAAUGAACGCCCCCCGAAACACAUUAAGAAAAUUUCUGAAGAAAAAGGAAGAAGAGGGAAGAGCAACAGGGAGAAGCGUAGGAAGUAUGUUAGACACGAAAUUCCCAAACGGAAGAACCCUGCUCCAUGAAAGUGUAAACAAAAAAAGAUACGACGUCACGGAUUUACUAUUAACGUUCGGCGCCAACAUCAACAUCGUGGAAAAUGGCGAAACAAUAGCUCACCGAGCCGCAGCGGACAAUAAUGAACACCUACUCAGAACUCUAGCAUACCACAAGUGUCAGUUUAGCGAAUGGAACUGUCCUAUUAGGGAAACUCCCCUAAUGGUGGCUAUUGCAUUAAGAAACGAAGAAUGUAUCGAUUUCCUGUGGGUAACUCCACUGAUAAAACAAUUGAGUCGCGAUGCAGAAACCUUUCUGCACUACGCAGCAAGAUUCAAUAACAAGAAAGAGUACGUCAACAGUGCAUACCUGCAUGGAGUAAACAUCAACCAAGAGUCCUGGACGCGCCGCGAAACGGCCCUUACUAUAGCCGUACGAUACGGAAACCCUUAA